AUGGAAAGACGUAUGAUAGAUGCUGCAAGUGGCGGUGCGAUACGCAAAAGAACACCCCGAGAAGCUAGGGAAUUAAUAUCUACGAUGGCUGCAAAUUCACAACAAUUUGUACCUGUACAAGACUCUCAUAGGAGAGUUUCUGAGGUAAGCAAUUAUUCUGUUGAGUCUAAACUUUCUCAUCUGACCACUUUAGUUGAAAAUCUUGUUGCAGAGAAGGUACAACAAGCCAAAGCUUGUGGAAUUUGCGCUAAUACGAGUCAUCCCACUGAUAUGUGCCCAUCACUUCAAGAGGAUGACCAGCAUGUGGAUGCUGUCAAUGGGUUCCUAGGUCCUCCACAAAAAGAGUACGAUCCUUUCUCAAAUACAUAUAACCCAGGAUGGCGAAACCACCCAAAUUUUAGCUAUAAACAGCAAAAUUUUCAAAGCUAUCAACCUAAACAAUUUCAGCAACAAGUGUCUUCAACUAAUACAGGUAUGUCCUUGGAAGAUAUUGUUAAAAGUUUGGCAACUAAUACUCAACAAUUUCAACAGGAGACCCGGAUGAGUAUUCGCAAUUUGGAAACACAAAUCAGUCAAUUGGCAGUAUCGGUGAACAAAUUGGAAAAUCAAGGUAAAUUGCCUUCUCAGACCACAGUGAACCCUAAGCAGAAUGUAUGUGCCGUUACACUCAGAAGUGAAAAAGAACUGCAGGACGAUCCUCGUCAGGUAAGUCUCGGGCACAACAAUCCUCAUCAGGUAAGUCGUGGGCACAAUCGCAGUACAAAUUUGGAAACUGAGAUGAUCGUACCUGAACAAGACAAAUCAGCUUCAACACCUGAGCAAUCUGAACCUCUGAUAAUUAAACCUCCUUUUCCUCAGAGAUUAGCUAGGUCCAAACAAGAGAAAGAAGAAAAGGAGACCCUUGAGACAUUUCGUAAUGUAGAAGUCAAUAUACCUUUACUUGAUGCAAUUAAACAGGUACCUCACUAUGCGAAGUUCUUAAAGGAAUUAUGUACAAAUAAAAGAAAGCUGGUAGGCUACCAAAAGGUUUGUAUGGAUGAAAAGGUAUCUGCCGUUUUUCAAAGUAAAAUGCCUACCAAGUGCAAAGACCAAGGUAUGUUCGCUAUACCUAUUAAAAUUGGCAAUAUUGGUGUGAAAAGAGCAAUGUGUGAUUUAGGUGCAUCAAUAAAUAUCAUGCCGUUAUCAGUUUUUCAAUCUUUAAAUGCUGGUCCAUUAAAAGAAACAGGUGUGGUGAUUCAAUUAGCUGACCGCUCUAUUGUUUAUCCUGAUGGGGUGUUGGAGAAUGUUUUAGUGCAAGUAGAUAAUUUAAUAUUCCCUGCUGAUUUUUAUGUGAUUCCUAUAGAGGAUAAUAAAUCCUCAAUUUCUUCUGAUAUUUUGCUAGGGAGACCCUUUUUAUCUACUACUAGAACGAAAAUAAAUGUUUAUGCUGGCAUUCUCACCAUGGAGUUUGAUGGGGAAAUCAUUGAAUUUAAUGUUUAUAAUGAUGUGAAACACCCCAAUAAUGUUUCUAGUGUGUGUAUAGUGGAUGCCAGUAAACCUCUAGUUCAGCAAGUGCUUAAAUUGGAAUAUGGAGAUGAGUUGAAUACUAAAUUUCGUGAGAAUUUUGAAAAAUCCAGCUCAAUAAAUAUGAAGGAAAAUUUUGAUUGUUUAAAAGAAGUGGGGAUGAAAAUAGAGCAUAAAUCACUGUCCGGUCAACCACCUCCAUUCAUAAAUGAGAAUCGCACUUCAUAUAGUUUGAAAUUACCAUUUGAACAAGUAUUUCUUAAGCCAUUUUAUAAAGGAUUCAAGGUGGAACCUGCUAAAGAGAUCACUUUCAGUGAUCCAACACCAAUUGUCUGA